AUAAAUCAGGAAGACGGCCACUUCUUAUGGUCUCUGCUGUUGGAAUGUGCUUAAGUAGCUUCCUUGAAGGCAUGGCAUUCUUCUUUCAGGCUAAUUGUGUGACUUACUCAUUAGGCUUGGGAGGAUUACCUUGUGAUAUAAUGUCAGAGUGCAAGUACUUGUUGAAGUGGUUAACAGGUUAGGGUUCUCUUUCAAAAGGAAAACAAUGCCAUCAGACCCAAUAAUUCAAUUCAGAGGAUGUUGAUUUUCAUUCCAUGAAAAGCCUAGAGGCUAAUCAAGGUUGAUUUUAUGUUCCGGCCUUUCACUAAUGUUUUUCAUUGGAAAUGCUGUUAACUGGCACACCUUGGCUUUAAUUGGUGCCACUCCAUCUCUGUUACAAUUUGUGGGAUUAUUCUUUGUUCCAGAGUCUCCUAGAUGGCUGGCAAAACUUGGUAAAGAAAAAGAGCUUCAAGCUUCGUUACAGCUUCUUAGGGGAAAGAAUGUGGAUAUUUCCCAAGAAGCAGCAGAGAUCGUGGAUUAUACAGAAAACUUUCAACUUCAACAGCACUCAAAAUCUAGCAUUCUAGACUUAUUCCAGAAGAGAUAUGUUCAUUCCCUCAUUGUUGGACUUGGGUUGAUGGCAUUGCAACAAUUUGGAGGGGCCACCACAAUUGCAUAUUAUGCAGGCUCUAUAUUUGUAAAUGCUGGUUUUUCAAGCAGCAUUGGGACUAUAUCAAUGGCAAUUAUCCAGAUUCCGGCUACUGCCUUUAGUGUAGUCUUGACAGAUAAAUUAGGAAGAUGGCCACUUCUUAUGGUCUCUGCUGCUGGAAUGUGCUUAAGUAGCUUCCUUGUAGGCUUGGCAUUCUUCUUUCAGGACCUCCAUUUGUUGAAGGAGCUCACUCCCAUCUUGGUGCUGAUUGGGAUCUUGGUUGAUUGUGUGACUUACUCAUUAGGCAUGGGAGGGUUACCUUGUGUUAUAAUGUCAGAGAUAUUCCCCAUAAAUGUCAAGGGUACAGGUGGAAGCCUUGUGACUUGAGUCAAUUGCUUCUCUGCUUGGAUUGUUUCAUAUUCUUUUAAUUUUAUGGUGGAAUGGAGUACAGCAGGAACAUUUUUCUUCUACUCUGCUAUUUGUGGCUUGACUGUUCUAUUCAUUGCGAAACUGGUACCAGAGACAAAGGGGUACCAGAGACAAAGGGGCGAACUCUGGAAGAAAUACAAGCAUUAAUGAACCAUUUUCUCUAAUUGGAAAAGUUGGGAUGAUAAUGGUGAAGUAAAUGUGGUUUAAAGUGUAUCAAAAUUGGAGAAUUUCUUCCUAAUAGAUGGGAGGAAAAACUAAGCUUAUUAUAAAUAUUUGGUAGAAAUUAGUUUAAAAUUCUA